AUGCAUAACCAUGCAAUUUCUUACCACACAUGCCUCAGCAGCCUCGCACGAUCAACCUGCCUUGCACGCCCUCGAGAGGCCAUCCUAGACACACUCUUGGAAGGCCAUCCAAGACAGGGCUAUUUCCUCGCGAGGCAUCGCAGGCCUUCCAAUAUUCGCAAGGUCGUGUAUGGUCCUGUUAGGCCAUCCGAGACCUCGUCAGUACUGGAGCUCGCGGCACAGUCUCUGCUUCUCGCUGUCAGCCGCGCUCAAAUCAACAAACCAGCAAAUGGACCAUUCUUGCUCAAAUUACAUGCCAAUGAGGAUAUUAACGAGGCCAUCAAGCGGUACCGUGAAUCACUUCGGGUAGGGCCGCAAGAUCACCCCGAGCGUCAUACAAAGCUUUUAAUUCGAGCUCGGCGCUCUGCUCUCGUUUCGCGAACACUUGGAAGAUCGAAGAUGUUGAGGAGGCCAUUGAGUUCUGCCAGGAAGCACUGGCGGUUUUUCCACCACUCCACCCCGACAGGAACUACUCCCACUUCAGGAUACGCGAGGCAUAUAUGUCUCGUUACCGACGGAGAGGUACAGUCAUGCAUCAAGUCUCUGCCGCUCUCUAAGCUCCGCCGCUAUGUCGACGCAUACAAUAUCCCCGUCAAAGGCCGUAUCGACAAGAAUGACCUCGUGGAUUCCAUCAUUGCUGCAAAGUCUAUCCCACUAUAUCCUUGUAUCGCUGACUUCUUCCAGACACCAUCAGACACCCGUCCUCCGCCCCCAACUCAGCAACAAACAUCCACAUCACCACCCGAUUUCCCCCGUCCUGACGUUGAACCUCAGCCAGCAUCAUACACAACGUAUACCCCCGAGCCCCCUAUACGGCGCCAGACCACAUCUGCGCGGCCCCCGUCUCCUCCACCUCCACCUCUACCACAAACGCCCCCUCGACCAGCGCCUCUUCCACUCCACGCCCAUCUCCAGCAGCCAACGCUAGCCCGCCUCCUGCGCCCCUCCACGCCACCCACGCCUCAACCCCCACCACCACUCUCUACCUUACUGGCAAUGUCCCCAUCAUCCCUCUCGCGUUUACCUAUCCACAUGCUGAAACAAAUACUGUUCGAGGCACGCGUAUGCCUUCCCACUGAUAUCCUUGAGAAAGAAGAACUCGUGGCGCGCGUCGGUACUUGGCUGGAUGAGGAGAGAGCGGCAGCGGAGGAAAGGGAUAGGAUAGAGAGGGAGGAGAGGGAACAAGAGGAAUGGGGACGGCGGGAUAGAGAGAGGGCAGCGGAAAGUUCAGCCGUGGAGGCAGACGCAGAAGACGCCCAUGUGCAUGGGCCAGAAGACCCUGCUGAGAAUGUCGAGAUGCAUGACGAGUCCCAACACCAUCAUUCCCCAUCUUCCUCAUCACCUCAACCCAGUUCUCCUCCCAGGAUGAUAUACACGGAACGUUCGGGUUUAUGUGUGAUAUGUCAGGAUCAGGAGGCAAAUAUCGCGAUCGUGGAUUGCGGACAUUUGUCCACGUGCCGUACCUGCUCAGAACUAGUCCUCGCCUCAUCUCGCGAGCGUCCGCUCUGUCGUACUCGCAUCGUCACAGAGGCACGACUUUUACGGAUAUUCAAGACAUAGGCAUGGGGAACGACGAACUUUUUUGGUCAUUGCACAUGCACAGAGGCUGCAAUUGUAGAUCAUGCCCAGCCAUACACAUGCUGUCCUAGUCUGUAUUGCUUUUGCGUUGUUAAGAUAUAGAGAUAAGUUCCGAGUGGGACUUACGCUCGUCUGUAACUAACAAUCUAACAUCAUGAACUCAUCUUGUCACGGUUGUGCUAAUUUGCUACCAUCUUAAGUUCAAGCCCAACCUGCCAGUCUGUCAUCAAUCU